AUGCUCGGCCUGACCACCCUGGCCAUGGUGGCCACCACAACCGCUCUGCCAGCCAGCAGCCCCACGAGCUCCAGCUCGGGCAGCGGACUGAACAUCAUCAACAACCUCAGCGACGACAUCUACCUGUGGACGGUGACCGACACCCCGGGAGACCAGAAGACGCUGUCCAAGGGCAACUCGCACUCGGAGACGUGGCAGACCAACUCCAACGGCGGCGGCGUCUCCAUCAAGCUGUCCACCUCCGACAGCAAGGACAGCGUGCUGCAGUUCGAGUACACCCAGGACGGCGACACCCUCUACUGGGACCUGUCGUCCAUCAACCUCAACAAGGACUCGUCGUUUGUCACCCAGGGCUUCAAGGUCACUACUGACGACGACUCGUGCAAGACGGCUCAGUGUGAUGCCGGUGACUCCAACUGUGCGGCCUCGUACCAGCACCCGGAUGAUGUCAACACCAACAGCUGUCGCAAGAGUGCUGCUUUCACUCUGACUCUGGGCUAG